AUGGCCACUGACCCUAAAUUUGAUGAAAGUGAUAGCCCCAUAGACACUUCAGAAUAUGUCUCGGCAGCGUCUAAUGCUGGUUCCCAAUUUGCUGAAGUUAGCCAAGGGCCAGAUUGUUUUCGUGAUUCACAAGAAUCCGAUAAUCAAUCGUUGAUCGAGAAACAUGAAUUACUCAGUGACAAAGGUGAGCUAAGUGACUCAUCAAUUAGCAAUUCAAUUGAUGGAAGCGAUCCCUUGCAAAGCUUAGGGCUGGAAGUUGGUAGUCGUUCAUCGGAAGUAAACUUCAAAGAUCACGAAAAGCUGCAUUUUGUAGAGUUUGAUACGGACCACACAUUCGAUGAUGCAUUGGUGACUAGAUUGGAUAAGUUCGAGGAUCUUUCAAAGGGUUUAGAGACACCCCUUACCAAGCCUAGCAGCUCCAAAGCAUUUAAUACAGAUACUAUUGAGAAACUGAAAUCGACUCUCAAACACAGCGUCCCGAAUGCUUACUUAGAGAUGGUGUUCCGAGAGAAUCAUAGCCAGCAGUUUCAAGAUUGGUUUUUCAUAACCGAAGAUGGCCAAGCUGAGAACCAAGAGCCAUGGGAUUUAUUUCUGAACCAAAAGAAACCUCGAAAAACGAAUCUCCGCUGUCUUCUUCGGUCCUUCGGUGUUUCCUCUCAGUAUAUGCCAGAAAGUUCCGAAGCCAUUAUAACUACCAUGUUUGAUGGCAUGAACUACCUAGAAUCAAUUGAAUGGAUGUGCCAGCAGUUGGAGGAUCACACUGAAAGUAUUGGCUUUGAUGGAACUUUCCUUCGCUUCAUACUGGAUAGAAACGUUUUCAACUCUGCUGAAUGCACCUCCAGCUGGUGCUCCAACAUCUAUGGCAAGUUGUGUCAAGACCGGUUCCUCCGAAUUUACCUACAACUUGUCGCUCAAGAUGAGUAUUUACUACAUCUACGAGUAUCGCGUCAAAUUCCCGAAUUUCAUGAAGUACUGCUGGAAAGGUUAUUUCCUAGAAGUAGUCAGCAAACUUUCAUUCACGCAUUUGAUAAGAUUUUGAGAUCGAAGGAUUAUUCAAAGUUACUAUAUUUCGUUCUUUUCAUCUACGGGACUAAAAAAAUGCCAUUUGGCAUAACCGAAGCAUCCGUUAUCUUGAAAGAUCAAAUUCACGACUUGUGUGAGGAUGGAAAUCAGUUAGAAUUGAUCAUUGUAAGAAGCUAUAUAAACUUUUUCAUGAAGAUUGUAUAA